UUGUGAUAGUUAAUCAUCACCAGUCCUUCAUGUUGCACACAUUCUCUGAGUAUUAGUUGUCUGUCAACUCUCGCUGGAUUCAUCCAAAUGUGAUAUAAUGGAUCUGAGAGAGUAUUUAAACAGGAUUGGAUUUACUGGCCAAUAUGACAAAGCCAGCCUGGAGAGUUUGUUCGCCAUCCACAAGCUGCAUGUCAUGAAUAUUCCAUUUGAGAAUCUCAGCGUCCACAGUGGGGAGAAGAACACUAUGGAUCUGAACAUCAUCUAUGAUAAAAUAGUGAAGAGCAAUCGGGGAGGCUGGUGCUGUGAAAACAACCUCUUGUUCUCGUGGGUUCUGAGGGAGAUGGGAUACAAAUUCACCAUACUGGGCGCCAGAGUGUUUAACUCGCUCAAUAAGGAGUUCUUCCCAAAGGACAGUCAUCUCAUCAAUCUGGUGGAAAUCGAUGGGAAGACGUACAUUGCUGAUGUGAGCUUUGGAGUGUCGCACCAAAUGUGGCAUCCCUUGGAGUUGAUCUCACAUAAAGACCAGCCACAGCCUCCGGGUGUUUUCCGGCUCAUAAAUGACGGGGUGAUGUGGGUCCUCGAGAAGACCGGAAGAAAGCAAGUGGUUCAAGAUGAGGCCUUUGCUAAUUCUAGUCUCAUUGACAAAAGGCUCACCAAAACAAUGUACUCCUUUACAUUAACACCCUGCGAUCCAGAUCAUUUCCUGGAGACAUCAGAGUUCCUGCAGACUAAUCCAGAAUCUCUGUUUAUGCUCAAAUCCAUUUGCUCCCUUCAGACGCCCACAGGCUUCAGAGCUCUGAUUGGCUGGAUAUACAGUGAAGUCACAUUCAAAGAGGAUGCAGACUCGGUGGAUAUGAAAGAAAUCCCAGAUAGUGAGAUAGAGGCUUUACUAAAGGAAAAGUUUAACCUGGUGUUAGUUAAUAAAUUCACACCUAAAAACAACAAAGCUGAUUAUUGCAUCUAGUACUCAGCUACUACUCAUCUAAUACUUAAGUCCCCAAUGUCUUUUGUUUCAAUAUUAAGAUGAAAAUUGUACCUUGUAUUCUUUCUCUCUUUAAUUACUUUGUCACAGGACAAUUUGAAGCAAUAAUUUUACAUUGCAUUUUCUUGGCAUAAUAAUAGUUUUCUGAUGGAUUUUUACUGGUCAGAUGAAGUCAGACUUAGCUUUGAGAAGGACACAAUUAUUCAAUAAACUCAGCAGGUUUUACCAUUACUUUGUCUCCUGUUUUCUGCUGUUUUCCCCCUGUAUUAUCUGCCUUGCUCUUGUACAUGAAAAAGGCUUAAAUCCUUCGGAUGGGGCGUGAAAAAUAAUUAAAGGUUCUUAACCUUCACUUCCAUUUUCCUUUUCAUUUUCUUAAUUUUCCUUGAUACAUCUCUGUCUCUCACUUGUGUGUGUGUGUGUGUGUUUACUUUUUGCACAAUUUUAUGUUCAUCUACAUGUCAACCACCUCAUUGUGAUUUGUGUGCACAUAAUAUAGGCCUAAUAAAAUCCUAAUACUUUAACAUGUU